AAGCAAGCGCUUGUGGGCUGCUUCUUCGUGCGUACACCGCAGUUGGAGGCCAUUAGUAAAUAUCCAUCCAGCCCGUGCUCACCUACUGUGUUCAUUAUCGUGGGUACCGGUAAUAAUUUGGUCCAGUGUGCGUUCUCGCCAGCGAAACGACGCAACCAUGGCAACGGACAACGGCUAUCUGGAGAACCCUUUCGAAGAGGCACUCCACUCGGUGGCCCUUUCCGAGCUGCUGAAGGACGACGAAAAGCGAUCGUUGGCGCAACAGUUUCAGGAAAAUUUGCGCACCCUGUCCGACAUGUUUGUUAACCUUUCGGAUGAAGAUAAGCAAAAGUUCGCGCAAGAGUUUAAGGGAAAGUUUGUUAAAACGUUGUCGCAUUUGAAUGAAUUUUCGAAGCAGAAAAAACUCGCACAAGCGAUGGGCAGCGGAGCUGCGACGGCUCAAGCGGACGAUCUUCGCAAUCAGUUCACAGUGGCAGGAUCGAUCAGUGCCGUGGUGGGAGUACUUUUCACCGACGGUUCCUUAUGGCCAACGCCACUCGGGUACGCCAUGUUGGCAUGCAUGUUACUGCUGUUGUCAUUUUUCGGCUACAAACUUUACCUAUCGCUCACCGAGAAGGAGCGCAAGCGGGAGGAAAAGCUGAAGGCGAAACAGGAGAAAACGAAGAAGAAGAAAUGAUUGCCGCCUGUCGUUACUAUGGCGACCACCACCAGUACCGCCAAAUCGAUCGACCAUCUUACCGGUAGCGGUGGUGCCAGUGGUGGCGCUGCCGGAAGAGGAAGUGGCCGUCGGCAAUCGCAGCCACCGUCCCAGCACAAACAUUCCAGAGGAAAAAGACUUGGCAAAGCCUAGCCGUUAAGGAGGGACACACACAGAGACUAGAUAUUUAUCGUCCCUCGACUUCUUCUCCAAACGUGUAGAUUAACCGUUGAAGCCAUCUCUUCCCGUACGAUGACGCCUCGUUAGCUUUUGUAGUUUGUUUGUAGAAAAGGCGCAUGUUGAACCGAUGUUUACGAAUGUCCAAACUUUUCCUUUUAAAAAGAAUGUUAAAUUGCUUCCAUCUUCUUCAGAGGCUAGUUGUCUUUCCAUGGCCAGUCGAACAGCGGUUAGCAUAAUUGAUUUUCAUUCCAUAACAGACGGAAAUAUAAUUGGUAGUCAAACAGUAGCUUACAAUUCCGUUUCAAAAAUUGAACUGCAUUUUCCAAAAAAAGCAAAUAGGAAACCGCGAAGAGAUACCGACGCCGCCGAGCGGAGACAUGCAAUCAGUUACUUUUCCACGUUUAUGUGCAACAUGAUGUAUUUUAGCGUAUGGUUGAACGAUAUAUGUACACACAUUAAUAAACCUAUAGUGUUCGAAAAACUAAAACCAUGAGUUGUCCUACUACAGCCAUAUUUGGAUAUAUUUUCGUCGUCGUCCUAACAUUGAUCAAUGGAAUCCUGUGAGGCAGAUAUACUAUGUUGUUUCUGGGAGUUCUGAAUGCACAAUGUAUUUUUUAACACAGUAGUAGUAGCAGAAUCGCUGAUAGUACAUCACCUUAAGAUGAUAAAUGAUAGGGUAUCAUGGCCGUUGAUGUUUCUGAAUCUUGAUGAUUCUUACAGAUGCAAUAAAAAAAGUAUAGUGAAACAAAUACAAGCUGUGUAAAUCGGCGGCCAGAGUCCAUUUUUUAUCGCAAUGAUUUGAUAGUUGAUCAGUCCCUGUGUUGUUUCGGUAGCCAGAUGAUCCAACUAUUGUAGACGAUAAACGCGAAUUAAGCUUCAGCUUGUAAAGCUAAUUAAAGCUGUGCACGAUCACGAAACGUUUUCCUCGGUGAAAAACACGCCAAACAGAAGCUACGUUAAUGAGGUACUGUGUAAAGUAGAGCAGGCCAAAAUCUACCUGAAAAAAGCGCCCAUCUAAACACCAGCCAUUCGGCAGUUUUUAUUUGAAUUUCGUUUCACUUCAAAGCGUGUAACAGUUUACGGUAAGCUACUUUCUAGGUCAAGGCAAAAAUUAUGCGUUCUGCUAAAUAUGUUUUGCUGUAUCUUAAAAAAGAAUCAAAUUUCUAACGUCACUAAUAAGGCGCUUUCUUUUCAUUAAUUCUUGCCUACGGCGACACUAUAGCGAAAUAAAGGAUUGCACAUCGUUGAUAAUAAACAUU